AUGGGCGAGGUGACCCCGGAGGAGGUGGAGAAGUUCCUGGACUCGAACAUGGGUUUUGCCAAACAGUACUACAAUCUGCACUACCGCCCGAAGGUCAUCUCCGACCUCCUGGGUGCCAAGGAGGCCGCGGUGGAUUUCAGUUACUACCACGCCCUGAGCAUCGUGGAGGAGAGCGAGGUCAUGUUCGACCUCCUGAGGGACUUUCAGGAGAACUUACAGACCGAGAAGAGCAUCUUCAACGUCAUGAAGAAGCUGUGCUUCCUGCUGCAGGCGGACCGCAUGAGCCUGUUCAUGUACCGCGCCCGCAACGGCGUCCCGGAGCUGGCCACGCGGCUCUUCAAUGUCCACAGGGACGCGCUUCUGGAGGACUGCCUGGUGGCACCCGAUGGUGAGAUCGUGUUUCCCCUGGACAUGGGCGUGGUGGGCCACGUCGCACACUCUAAAAGGAUGGCCAAUGUCACCAACACGGAAGAGGAUGAGCAUUUCUGUGACUUCGUGGACAACCUCACAGAGUAUCACACCAAAAACAUCUUGGCUUCCCCCAUAAUGAACGGCAAGGAUGUGGUGGCUGUCCUCAUGGCGGUGAACAAGGUGGAUGGGCCGCACUUCACCAAGAGUGAUGAGGAGAUUCUUCUCAAAUACCUCAAUUUUGCAAAUCUGAUCAUGAAGGUGUAUCACCUGAGUUACUUACACAACUGUGAGACUCGACGUGGCCAGAUACUGCUAUGGUCUGGAAGCAAAGUCUUUGAAGAGCUCACAGACAUCGAGAGACAAUUCCACAAAGCCCUAUACACAGUCCGAGCCUUCCUCAACUGUGACAGAUACUCAGUGGGGCUCUUAGACAUGACCAAGCAGAAGGAGUUUUUUGAUGUGUGGCCAGUCUUGAUGGGUGAGGUGCCACCGUAUUCAGGUCCCAGGACUCCAGAUGGAAGGGAAAUCAACUUUUACAAGGUCAUUGACUACAUCCUGCAUGGAAAAGAAGACAUCAAAGUCAUCCCGAAUCCACCUCCUGAUCACUGGGCUUUAGUAAGCGGGCUCCCUACUUAUGUUGCUCAAAAUGGCCUGAUUUGCAACAUCAUGAAUGCACCCGCGGAGGAUUUUUUUGCAUUCCAGAAAGAACCUCUGGAUGAGUCUGGAUGGAUGAUCAAAAAUGUCCUCUCUAUGCCAAUUGUGAACAAGAAGGAAGAGAUUGUUGGGGUGGCCACGUUCUACAAUCGCAAAGAUGGAAAACCCUUUGACGAAAUGGAUGAGACGCUCAUGGAGUCUUUGACUCAAUUCCUGGGCUGGUCUGUUUUGAAUCCUGACACCUAUGAGUCAAUGAAUAAACUUGAAAACAGGAAGGAUAUUUUCCAAGACAUGGUAAAAUAUCAUGUGAAAUGUGACAAUGAAGAAAUCCAGAAAAUCCUGAAAACCAGAGAGGUAUAUGGGAAGGAGCCAUGGGAAUGUGAGGAAGAGGAGCUGGCUGAGAUCCUGCAAGCAGAGCUUCCAGAUGCAGAGAAAUUCGAAAUUAAUAAAUUCCACUUCAGCGACUUGCCCCUGACGGAACUGGAACUGGUGAAAUGUGGGAUCCAGAUGUAUUAUGAGCUCAAAGUGGUGGAAAAAUUUCACAUUCCUCAGGAGGUGCUGGUGCGGUUCAUGUACUCGCUCAGUAAAGGCUACCGCAGGAUCACCUACCACAACUGGCGGCAUGGCUUCAACGUGGGUCAGACCAUGUUCUCACUACUGGUGACGGGGAAACUGAAGCGGUACUUCACGGAUCUGGAGGCCUUGGCCAUGGUCACCGCGGCCUUCUGCCAUGACAUUGACCACAGAGGCACCAACAACCUCUACCAGAUGAAAUCCCAGAACCCGCUGGCCAAGCUCCAUGGGUCAUCCAUCUUGGAGAGACACCACUUGGAGUUUGGAAAAACACUGCUAAGAGAUGACGCCCUGAAUAUCUUUCAAAAUCUCAAUCGCAGGCAGCAUGAGCACGCAAUUCACAUGAUGGACAUAGCCAUCAUUGCCACAGACCUCGCCUUAUAUUUCAAGAAGAGAACCAUGUUUCAGAAAAUCGUGGACCAGUCUAAGACAUAUGAGAGUGAACAGGAGUGGACGCAGUACAUGAUGCUGGAGCAGACUCGGAAGGAGAUUGUUAUGGCCAUGAUGAUGACCGCGUGCGACCUCUCAGCCAUCACCAAGCCCUGGGAAGUACAGAGCAAGGUAGCUCUCCUGGUGGCUGCUGAGUUCUGGGAACAAGGUGACCUGGAGCGUGAGGUGCUGCAGCAGAACCCCAUCCCCAUGAUGGACAGAAACAAGGCAGAUGAACUCCCCAAGCUCCAGGUGGGCUUCAUCGACUUCGUCUGCACCUUUGUUUACAAGGAGUUCUCCCGUUUUCACGAGGAGAUCACGCCCAUGCUGGACGGCAUCACCACCAACCGCAGGGAGUGGAAGGCACUCGCUGACGAGUAUGACGCCAAGAUGAAGCUGCUAGAGGAGCAGCAGCAGCAGCAGCAGGCGGCCAAGCCAGCCUCUGCCGGGAACCAGGCAGGGAACAGCCCCAAGCCGGCUGGGGCCGCACCCACGUCCAAGUCCUGCUGUCUCCAGUAG